CGAUCUUACUGCCGCUCGCGUGACGCGUUUCCAUGGAAAAUGGCGAGAUGGGCUCACGCGUGGAUGAUGGUGAUGGUCGUGUUCAGCGGAUCGUGGACCGCAGUGGAUGCGCUCACAUUUCCACAGCAUUACACAAUGAUGCACUGGGCAAGACGCAUCGAACAAGAGAUUGACAGAGUCCUGCAACACAUCAGUGGAGCUCAACAACUAAAGGGGAUCUACAAUGAGAAGAGAAGACAGUUCAGUCUGGUGAGAAAUAAUCCACGAGAUAUUGUUGAGAAAGUGGCCACGGAUAUCGAGAGACUGCUGGCUAAAAAACGAAAAGCACUAGAGAAACUGGCGAGUGAAGCGGAGCGUCUUCAAAAAGAUCAUCACUGGGAGGAUGGAAUCAAGGAGGAGAAUAUUGAAUAUUAUAACUCUAAAGCAGAGAUGGAUUACGAUGGUGAGGACAUUGAUUCUCAGAUGUCAUUAAAACUGGAGUUUGUGUACGACCCAAACUUCAAAAACCAUGUGAAUUACUCCCAUACCGCGGUACAGAUCCCGACAGACAUCUACAAAGGCGCUCCUGUGAUACUGAAUGAACUCAGCUGGACUCAAGCAUUAGAGAGAGUCUUUAUGGAGAACAGCAGAGAUGAUCCAUCACUGCUCUGGCAAGCGUUUGGGAGCGCCACUGGGGUUACAAGAUAUUACCCAGCGGCUCCUUGGAGAGCUCCAGAUAAGAUUGACCUGUACGAUGUACGACGAAGACCCUGGUAUAUUCAAGGAGCUUCAUCACCUAAAGAUAUGGUGAUACUGGUGGACGUGAGUGGCAGUGUUAGUGGACUCACACUGAAACUCAUCAAAGCGUCCGUCACUGAAAUGUUGGACACGCUGUCUGAUGACGAUUACGUCAAUGUCGCCAGGUUUAAUGAGAAGGCGGAGGCAGUGGUUCCCUGUUUCAAGCACCUGGUUCAAGCAAACGUGCGUAACAAGAAGAUCUUUAAAGAAGCUGUGCAGCAGAUGCAGGCUAAAGGAACCACUGACUAUAAAUCUGGAUUUCACUUCGCUUUCAAUCAGCUACUAAACCAGACAAAUGUUCCCCGAGCCAACUGUAAUAAAAUCAUCAUGUUAUUCACUGAUGGUGGAGAGGACCGAGCUCAGGACAUCUUUGAGCAGUACAACUGGCCCAAUAAAACGGUCCGUGUUUUCACGUUCUCAGUGGGACAGCACAAUUAUGAUGUCACUCCGCUCCAGUGGAUCGCCUGUGCUAAUAAGGGAUACUAUUUUGAGAUCCGCUCCAUCUGUGCUAUACGGAUUAAUACCCAGGAAUAUCUUGACGUUCUGGGUCGCCCCAUGGUUUUGGCAGGCCAGAGUGCCAAACAGGUGCAGUGGACCAACGUCUACCAGGACGCGCUGGGUCUGGGACUCGUGGUGACCGGGACGAUGCCCGUCUUUAAUCUCACAAUGGAUGGAAAGUCUCAGAAUCAGCUGAUCUUAGGUGUGAUGGGCGUCGAUGUUCAUCUGGAUGAGUUGAAGCGACUGACACCUCAAUACAGGUUGGGAGCUAAUGGAUACAUCUUCGCCAUUGACCCGAACGGAUACGUGCUUCUCCAUCCGAACCUGCAGCCGCGGGAGGAGGAUUUACCCGAGCCGGUAACACUCGACUUUCUGGAUGCUGAAGUAGAGGAUAACAGUAAACAAGAGAUUCGCCGGCAGAUGAUUGAUGGACGAUCAGGAGAGAUGACCAUCAGAACCCUUAUUAAAUCAAUGAAUGAGCGUUACAUUGAUGAUGUUGUACGGAUGUACACGUGGACCCCUAUCAAUGACACAGAUUAUAGUCUGGGUUUGGUACUGCCCCCCUACAGUGAAUAUUACAUACAAGCAGAUCUCAGUGAUGUCAUGCUACAACUUCAGUAUUUACAGUCGCUGCUGCCGAAUUCUUUCGAGUCUGCGGGUCAUGUGUUUCUGGCACCGAGAGAAUACUGUAAACGUCUGCAGAUGGCAGAGAACAACACACAGUUUCUGGCUGAUUUCUUGUCUCUUAUGGUGGAGAUCACACCUGAAUCUGAAGACUGUGAUCAAGGUAUGAUCCAUAAUCUGAUUCUUGAUUCUGGGAUCCUCUGGCAGCUGGCCACACGUGUCUGGCAAAACAAAGAUCUCAACACGUAUGGAUUUCUGGCCCUGUUUGCAUGCACCAAUGGAGGCGUUACUCGCGUUUACCCUAAUAUGGCGGCGGAGACAUGGGACGAAGAUCCUGAACCACUGAACUCAAACUUUUACCGUCGCAGUCUGGACAACAAAGGUUACAUGUUCAGAGCCCCAACACGAACAUCGAUGGAUGAUACGAUAAUGUCAGAGAACGGUACUGUAGGGAUUCUUGUUACCACUGCUGUGGAGGUCGUGAUUGGAGGAAAAACCAUGAAACCUGCAGUGGUUGGUGUUAAGCUGGAUUUAGAGGCCUGGGUGGACAAGUUCAAGAUUCUGGCUAGUAACGUGUCAGACAGUAGACAGGCUUCACAUAAGUGCGGCCCAUCCAGAUCCUGUGAGAUGGAUUGUGAAGUGAACAGUGAUGAUUUGCUCUGUUAUCUUAUCGACGAUGGAGGUUUUCUGGUGAUGUCCAAUCAGAGGGAUCACUGGAAGAAGGUGGGGUUGUUUUUCGGUGAGGUCGACCCCUAUCUGAUGUACGCCCUCUACAACAACUCCAUCUAUGCCCGACACCAAACCUUCCAGUAUCAGUCGGCAUGCGAACCCACAGCCAGCAGUCACACAGGAGCGGCCCACAGACACUUCUAUGUUCCAUCCAUUGCUGAUGUUUUGAGUUUGGCCUGGUGGACGUCGGCAGCUGCAUGGUCCCUUUUACAGCAGUUUCUGUAUGGACUUAUAUACAGCAGCUGGUACAGCACAGAUGUGUUUGCAGAGAGCUUCGAAACUAAAGGCAGCAGCAGUUGUGUGACCGUUCACAGUCAGUUUUAUUUCACCAACACCACAAACUCAUUCAAUGUACUGCAGGACUGUGGAAACUGCUCCAGGUUGUUUCAUGCCAAGCGUAUAGAAAACACAAACCUGCUGUUCGUAGUAGCUGAGACGCUGCCUUGUAGCUCCUGUGAGAUCGAGAAACUGCUUCCUGUACGAACAAAGUCUCAAGAGGAGAACCCGUGUGAUGUGUUGAACUCUGCACGCUACAGGAAAGGACCAGAUAAAUGUUUCGACUACAACGCUGAGGAGAACCCAUCAGAGUGUGGCAACGCCCACUCUUUACACUGUCCAAUCAGAGUUCUGCUCUCGAUUCAGUUGUUGUUGCUUUAUCUCGUUCUGCGCUCUUAAUCCAGGUCUUCUUCUUCACUGCCUUUGUCUUCAUGUCCCUCAUCUGCCUGUUCUUUGCUGAUGUUCUCCUGGUUUUCCUCGUAUGGUGUAUCCAGCUGUGUGCCAUUACAGCAAAGCUGAUCAUCAUAGGAAAACAACCAUGAUAUUACAUGUGCAGAUCCAAAACAACUGUCUUAACUUGUUUCAUCUUUGUAAUUCAGAAAAUAACGAAGAUAAAAACCUGUUGCCAUCAAAAAAAUUUUGCUUGCUAAAUCCAGAAACAGGACAGGACCUGAUUUAUUUUGAACUACGAAACCGCAACUGAGAUUUGACUUUGUCAUCAUCACAGUCUCAGAGUCUGUGUUUGUGUCUCGCUUCACUUGGAUUUAGUGCCAAAUCCAGCAAAUCCAGACAUAUGUGGAUAUUUAUACUGGGGACUAGUGGCUUUUCCUCAGAUAUUUUUUGAAGCUUCCUUGCUAGGAGAAGAGGAAUAACGUUUAAUGUUAGGAGGAGAGUUUGAUUCAGUUUGAUUUAUUUAAAGCUUGUUGAAUGUUUUCAUUCGCUGCCUGGUUUGUUAUCCACUGAUGCCUUGAGCACUUAUCUAAAUGGACCAACUUUAAAGGCUGUUUCACAUGGUACGUGGCAAGUGGCGGAAUCGCCACGCGGCUACAGCUAUUCUUGUGCAAAUUCUUGUAUCUUCAACGGUGCCUGCAGUGAAGAGCAGUGCCCUUAAAUGGGACAGUUUUUUGGGGGUGCACAGGCAAGGCAUGUGGACCAACUCCUUUUCACCUCUGUAACCACCCCUGUUUUUCCGCUUUCCGCACGUCUCCUAUUGAAAAAGAACUCGUACCGUGUGAAACGCCCAUUACACUGAUGUGUAUUUAACAGACCUUGAGAGAACGCUUCAUAAAGACACGUUCCUGAAUGUUAUCUUAGAUAUCUUUUGCUUAAAGUUUAAAGGUGAAUAUAAGAAAACCUGCCAAGAACAUGCCCAGGUCAUGUUUUUUCCAAAAUUAAAGGAGACAUAUCAUGAAAAUCUGACUUUUCCAUGUCAAAAGUGGUAAAAUUGGGUCCCAGUGCUUCUGUCAACCUAGAAAAUGUGAUAAAGAUCAACCCAGUAACUUGGUUUUGGUAAACUAUUCUCUGCAAGCAUGUGAAAAAAUAGGUCAUUGAAAUUUGGCUCCUCUAGUGAUGUCAGAAGGGGAUCUUAUUAUAAUAAUACCGCCCCUUAAUUUGCACUAUCCAACCACGGCACUGCCAUUUAAUGCAGAGAGAGAAAGAGAGAGAAAAAAAUUGACAGGACAAUUUAGUUUUAAUUUCAACAAACCAUUAGGGCGAUCAGUGUUUGCUUUAAGGAGACACAUCAUGAAAAUUUGACUUUCCAUGUUUAAGUGAUAUAAUUGGUCCCCAUUGGUGCUUCUAACAACCUAGAAAAACUAAUAAAAGAACUAACCAGUAACUUCGUUUUGGUAAAUCAUUCCCUGCAAACAUGUGAAAAAAUAGCUCAUUAAAAAUGUGGCUCCCCGAUGUUAUUAUAAUAAUACCGCCCCUUAAUUUGCACUAUUCAGCCACAGCACCGUCAUUUAAUGCAGAGAUAGGAAAAAAUUGAAAGGACCAUUUAGUUUUAAUUUCAACAAACCACCAUUAAGGUGAUCAGUGUUUGUUUUAAAGGGGACACAUCAUAAAAAUUUGACUUUUUACAUGUUAAAGUGCUAUAGUUGGGUCCCCAGUGUAUCUAUUAACCUAGAAAAAGUAAUAAAAGAACUAACCGCUAACUUAGUUUUGGAAAAAAUAGCUCAUAAAAAUUUGUCUCCCUGAUGUCAGAAGGGGAUCUUAUAAUAAUAAUAAUAACUAGAUAGUAAAGUUUGAAGACAAACUUUAUGUUGGCUUGAGAAAGCGUAGCCUGAACGUUUAAAACGGUUUGACAUAAGUUUAGUUUAGUAGGCUAUCUGGCUGUUAGUAUGUUUAAGUAUGAAGGUAGCAUGAUUUACCAUGAAGCUAGCAUGAUGUAAGCAUGAUUAGCAUGAAGCUAGCUUGAUGCUAGCAUGAUUAGCAUGAAGCUAGCAUGAUUAGCAUGAAGCUAGCAUGAUUAGCAUGAAGCUAGCAUGAUGCUAGCAUGAUUAGCAUGAAGCUAGCAUGAUUAGCAUGAAGCUAGCAUGAUGCUAGCAUGAUUAGCAUGAAGCUAGCUUGAUGUUAGCAUGAUUAGCAUGAAGCUAGCUUGAUGCUAGCAUGAUAAGCAUGAAGCUAGCAUGAUGCUAGCAUGAUUAGCAUGAAGCUAGCAUGAUGCUAGCAUGAAGCUAGCAUGAUGCUAGCAUGAUUAGCAUGAAGCUAGCAUGAUGCUAGCAUGAUUAGCAUGAAGCUAGCAUGAUGCUAGCAUGAUUAGCAUGAAGCUAGCAUGAUGCUAGCAUGAUUAGCAUGAAGCUAGCAUGAUGCUAGCAUGAUUAGCAUGAAGCUAGCAUGAUGUUAGCAUGAUUAGCAUGAAGCUAGCAUGAAGUUAGCAUGAUUAGCAUGAAGUUAGCAUGAUUAGCAUGAAGCUAGCAUGAUUAGCAUAAAGCUAGCAUGAAGCUAGCAUGAUUAGCAGGAAGCUAGCAUAAAGCUAACAUGUAUUGCGUUGCUAGGGUACUAAGUUUGGUUGCUAGGGAGAAAAUUGGCAUCCCAUAAUGAUCACCCUUCAAGCCACAAGUAAAACGGUCCAACCCCCGUGUCUCUACAAUGUUCUGAUGCGGAGAUAUAAGGCUUUGUUUAUUCCGUUACUAGGGUACUAAGUUUGGUUGCUAGGGAGAAAAUUGGCAUCCCAUAAUGAUCACACUUCAAGCCACAAGUAAAACGGUCCAACCCCAGUGUCUCUACAAUUUUCUGAUGCAGAGAUAUGAGGCUUUGUUUAUUCCGUUGCUAGGGUACUAAGUUUGGUUGCUAGGGAGAAAAUUGGCAUCCCAUAAUGAUCACACUUCAAGCCACAAGUAAAACGGUCCAACCCCUGUGUCUCUAUGGCUGCGUUUACACUUGGCAUUAACAUGCGACCUGUAUCCGGAUGUUGUCCACAUACACAUUGAAAAGACAAGUGUAAACGCGUCUGUGAUCGGAAUGUUAUCCGAUCUGUGUGUCCUGAUGCAGAGGUAGUCGAGGACGCAUUGUGAUCGGAUCUCAGUGUAAUGUAACCGCAAUCCAGCCAUCGUAUCUGGAUUCACAGGUCAACGUCACACAAAACCCCGCCCCCUAUCAUCUCCUCUCACUGACAGCUGUCAAAAAAUAAAGGACGUUAGGUCAUGGAGCGCAGGUGAGAGACGCAUAAAUUCAUAUUUGUGGAGCAAUGCUAGCUACGCUUAAAAGUAUCUUAAUAAAUCGAUAUACAAAGCAUUUUAACACUGCUAACUGUAUUUAAGUUAUUCAGGUAUGUUAUAUGUUACAACUAUUCAUAGUGAGAUUUAAUAUUUAAUGGCAGAAUUCAGGAUCGUCGUUAUAAUGUUUGAGUUUCCAUGGCGACAAAUCAAUGUGAAUGUUGCGCUUCUUUCUGGUCAAUCGGCUGUUUCUGUCUCAUUUAACACAUUUUAAGUUACUUUAAAACACGUACAAACACUAAUAACAUUAACCAAAUACAUUUAGUCAGUGUUGGUUUUAUGCAAGGUUACUUAUAUGUGUUUGUAAAUUACAUUACUUCUUACGCACUAUGAACAGUAAAUUGUUAGCUCUUUUAAUUUAAUCAUAUUAUUACCAGGAAACAUAACUAACAACAGUUUAUGGUUAAAAUAGAAAUAUACAUAUAAGUUCAGGCAGAGCCAAAAGCCCGUUAUUAAGGCAGAAUAAAACAGUGGAGUCGGUCAUGUUUCACACGGAUUUUGUUGUUGAUUUAAAGCAUGCGAGUGAAAGUCAAGUUCAGGUAAAGUUAAACAGAACAUUCAUCCGCGGUGCGGACGCUAUAAGGCUUUUAAAGCUAAAAAAUAUAACGCUUAAAAUGUGAACAUCACGGUUGUUGGGGUUGCUAGUUAUUAUCUAUUGUUGGCUUCUCAGUAGCACUGUACAAUACGGGAUUGCGGUUAGCGCGAAAACCCUAAAUCAUGUGGCUAAAGACAGCUGUACCCAUUUUGAUUGACAGCUAUCCACCCAGCGCGCGUCUCCCCGAACGGGAUCCGAUCACACAUCCAGAUACAGAAGCCACAUUUAUGUAACAAAUGUAAACGCGCCGUGUCCUGAUAUACGGAUGAUCGGAUCUGCGUGAACGGAUCACUGAGAUCGCAUGUUAAUGCAAAAUGUAAACACAGCCUAUGAUGUUCUGAAGCGGAGAUAUAAGGCUUUGUUUAUUCCGUUGCUAGGGUACUAAGUUUGGUUGCUAGGGAGAAAAUUGGCAUCCCAUAAUGAUUACACUUCAAGCCACAAGUAAAACGGUCCAACCCCUGUGUCUCUACGAUGUUCAGAUCCAGAGAUAUAAGGCUUUGUUUAUUAAGUUGCUAGGGUCUUCAUAUUCUGUUGCUAGGGGCGUGGCUUAAUACCUCAAUAAGAAUCCUAAGAGACUGAUUGGAUGCCUGAGUAAAAUGAGCCCACCCCUAUGUCUCUAUGACACUCUGGUGCAAAGAUAUCCAUCUGGGCUUUUUAUAAUGGUAGUCUAUGGGAGAUGUUGCUAGGGUAUCCAAAAUUGUUGCUAGGGGCGUGGCUUAAUAGCUCUGGGGUGAUCCUAAGAGACUGAUUGGAUGCUUGAGUAAAAUGAGCCCACCCCCAUGUCUCUAAGACACUCUAAAGUGAAGAUAUUCCAUCUGGGACGCUUUUAUUCCCUUUUAUGGGCAUGUUUCCUGCCCCAUUAUAAGUCAAUGGGAAAAUUUGGGGGCCUCUUACACCCCAGGGGUACAGCUUACACCCCAUUGUGAGGUAUGUUCUUACACAGCCUGUCAGCCUCCUUAAAUGUGGUAAGCCACAAGUUUCUACAAGUUUCUCACUCGCAGCUUUGACCCGUCAAAGUUUGUCUCAAUGUUAAGUCAAUGGAAAUUUUGGGGUGUUUCAGCGCCCCGUUUAGGAAUUCGGAAGGUCCCAUCAGUUAGAAAAGAUAUAGCAACUCGAGUCAGAUCAGACCGAAAGUCUGUCCAAAGUUUGAUGGCUGUAGCUUGAAAGCUCUAGGACGAGUUAGAGUUAGAAAUUUUAGUCUCAGAAGAAAAAGAAUAAUAAUAAUAAUAAUAAUAAUAAGUUUAAGUGCAACAACAGUAUGUUGGCUUUCUCAAGCCAACAUAAUAAUGCCGCCCCUUAUUUUGCACUAUCCAACCACAGCACCAUAAUUUAAUGCAAAGAUAGGAAAAAAAUUGACAUGACAAUUUAGUUUUAAUUUCAACAAACCACCAUUAUGGCGAUCAGUGUUUGUUUUAAAGGGGACACAUCAUGAAAAUUUUACUUUUUCCAUGUUUAAGUGCUAUAGUUGGGUCCCCAGUGUGUCCAUUAAGCUAGAAAAAGUAAUGAAAGAACUAACCAGUAACUUAGCUUUGGUAAAUCAUUCCCUGCAAGCAUGUGAAAAAAUAGCUCAUAAAAAAUGUGGCUCCCCGAUGUCAGAAGGGGAUCUUAUAAUUAUAAUAUCGCCCCUAAAUUUGCACUUUCCAACCACAGCACAGUCAUUUAAUGCAAAGAUAGGAAAAAAAUUGAUAGGACAAUUUAGUUUUAAUUUCAACAAACCACCAUUAUGGCGAUCAGUGUUUGUUUUAAAGGUGACACAUCAUGAAAGAUUGACUUUUUCCAUGUUUAAGUGCUAUAGUUGGGUCCCCAGUGUGUCUAUUAACCUAGAAAAAGUAAUAAAAGAACUAACAGCUAACUUAGUUUUGGAAAAAAUAGCUCUUAAAAAAUUUGGCUCCCUGGUGUCAGAAGGGGAUCUUAUAAUAAUAAUACUGCCCCUUAAUUUGCACUAUCCAACCAUAGCACCAUCAUUUAAUGCAGAGAUAGGAAAAAAUUUAAAGGACAAUUUAGUUUUAAUUUCAACAAACCACCAUUAUGGCGAUCAGUGUUUGUUUUAAAGGGGACAAUUCAUGAACAUUUUACUUUUUAUAUGUUCAAGUGCCACAAUUGGUCCUUGUUGGUGCUUCUAUCAACCUAGAAAAACUAAUAAAAGAACUAACCAGUAACUUAGCUUUGGUAAAUCAUUCCCUGCAAGCAUGUGAAAAAAUAGCUCAUAAAAAUUUGGCUCCCCGAUGUCAGAAGGGUAGCUUAUAAUUAUAAAAUCGUCCCUAAAUUUGCACUUUCCAACCACAGCACUGUCAUUUAAUGCAAAGAUAGGAAAAAAAAUGAAAGGACAAUUUAGUUUUAAUUUCAACAAACCACCAUUAUGGCGAUCAGUGUUUGUUUUAAAGGGGACACAUCAUGAAAAUGUGACUUUUUCCAUGUUAAAGUGCUAUAGUUGGGUACCCAGUGUGUCUACUUACCUAGAAAAAGUAAUAAAAGAACUAACCGGUAACUUAGCUUUGGUAAAUCAUUCCCUGCAAGCAUGUGAAAAAAUAGCUCAUUAAAAAUUUGGCUCCCUGAUGUCAAAAGGGAUCCUAUAAGAGUAAUACAGGCCCUUAAUUUGCACUUUCCAACCACAGCACCAUCAUUUAAUGCAGCGAUAGGAAAAAUUUAAAGGACAAUUUAGUUUUAAUUUCAACAAAUCACCAUUAUGGCGAUCAGUGUUUGUUUUAAAGGGGACACAUCAUGAAAAUUUGACUUUCUAUGUUUAAGUGCUAUAGUUGGGUCCCCGGUGUCUAUUAAGUUAGAAAAAGCAAUGAAAAAACUAACCAGUAACUUAGUUUCGGUAAAUCAUUCUCUGCAAGCAUGUGAAAAAAAUUGCUCAUUGAAAUUUGACUGAACUUGUGAGAUGUUAGAAGGGGAUCUUAUUAUUAUAAUAACGCCCCUUAUUCUGCACUACCCAACCACGGCACUGCCAUUUAGUGCAGAGAGAGAGAAAAUAAUUAACAACACAAUUUAGCUUUAAUUUCAACAAACCACCAUUAUGGCGAUCAGUGUUUGUUUUAAAGGUGACACAUAGUGAAAAUUUGACUUUUUCCAUGUUUAAGUGCUAUCAUUGGUCCCCAGUGUGUCUAUUAAUUAUUUAGUGCAGAGAGAGAGAGAGAGAGAAAAUAAUUAACAACACAAUUGAGUUUCAAUUUCAACAAACCACCUUUAUGGCGAUCAGUGUUUGCAUCAGCUCAACUGCAUUUAAAUGGACACAUCCAAAACGCAAAAAAAUUUGCUCACACCUACAAAGGUGUACAAUUUUAACACGUUGUAGUAAAUUAUCUGUGGGGUAUAUUGAGCUUAAACUUAACAUACCUACCCUGGGGAUACCAAAGAUUUAUACCUUUGAAAUGUCUCCUUUAAAUAAAACAAGAAAUUGUACUUUGCAUAAAGAUUUAAGAUUUGUUUUAAUGACAGUCAACCACAUUGUCUCAAAAUGUGAAAUUUUUUAUAAUUACUGUACUGUAGAUUUUUGCAUCUUUAAUGCAUUAAAUUCAAACUUUUUUAUGUUGCAGUCAUUUUUAUAUUUUAACAGUAAAAAUACAUAACAGUGUUAAAAUAAGCUUAAUUUCUUUUAUUCAAAUAAUACUUCUUGGUUUUGAUGUGGGAUGUCUGAACUGGUCAUGUUCUUGAUAAGAUUUACCCGAGCAUGUGAUGUAGUGUUUUAGAGUUUUAUUGAUAUAGACUUUCUCUUUGUUUUUGUAAAUAUGUUGAUUUUACUCUGAGUAUUAAGUUUUUACUUCAGCGUGUUUAAAUGGAAUGGAAUACAAGCUGAUGCUUUGCUGUCCCGCUGCAUGCUGGGAAAUAAUACCUGCUAUUAAAUCUGCUUAUAUCAGGAUAUUUACUGCUUUACUGACAGAAAACUGCUUCAAUUUGACCAACCAAAAUGUUUUAUUUUGUCUUAUUGAGUUCAGAAAAGUUAUUGAAAGAUUGAUAUUUAUUUAUCUCUUUCGACUUGAGAGAUGCAGUAUAUGAGUAUAGGCUAUUGCUUGUAAAAUUGAUCAGGUUUAGACUUUGGAAACAUUUUGGUUUUUAAAUUCAAAUGUUUUGUUGCUUUUUAGUGAUCGUAAGUAUUUUAAAGGUCCGUUUAGAGAGAUAUUUUCAAUUUUGAAAGUUAUGUUGAUUGUAUUCCCAAUUGGUCGCCCUUCCGAAAUGACUGUACUCUCAGAUCACUCAGAUCAGACCAGGUCGAGUUUGGACCGAUUGUCUUUGGCUUGAUGUGUUUUGUAUCGUAAUGGCUUACGCAAUACUUUGAAAUAUGUUAAAUACGCUGAAAUGACUUUGUGUAAAGAGAGCAUGACAAGCUUAUUUUUCAUGACUACUUAAAUCAUAUCUUUAAAUAAUCUCUUAAUGUUUGUAUUUGAGCUAUCAGUAUUAUUUAAUGCAAAGGAGAGUAUUUAAUUUUUGUGUUUAUGUAAAAAUCUCUGCGUUGCCAUGGAUUUAUUAUGAUUAGGAAUGUUUCAAUUAUAAAUUUUAUUGGGUAGUUCUGCAGAUGUUUGUUAUCAAUGUGAAAGGGAUUUUUUCUCUUUCUGCAGUCUUCCAUAUCACUUCAUUUUGUACAGAUGGCACAGCUUUAUCAAGAAAGUCUAACUUUGUAUCAUUGUGUCUUUUACUUCUGGGAAAUGUUUAUAAGAGAAUUGGUGAGAUAAAGACAUUCAUAUUUUUCACGUCAA